CGUCGCGCCGCGCCCGGGGGACCCCCGCCGCGGCGCCAUGGCCUCCGAGUCGGUGAAGGUGGUGGUGCGCUGCCGCCCCAUGAAUCAGCGGGAGCGGGAGCUGAACUGCCAGCCCGUGGUGACGGUGGACUCCGCGCGCGGCCAGUGCUUCCUCCAGAACCCGGGCGCCGCCGACGAGCCCCCCAAGCAGUUCACCUUCGACGGCGCCUACCACAUGGACCACUUCACCGAGCAGAUCUACAACGAGAUCGCCUACCCGCUGGUGGAGGGUGUCACUGAGGGCUACAAUGGCACCAUCUUCGCCUAUGGCCAGACGGGCAGCGGGAAGUCCUUCACCAUGCAGGGCCUGCCAGACCCGUCCUCCCAGAGAGGCAUCAUCCCCAGGGCCUUCGAGCACGUUUUUGAGAGCGUCCAGUGUGCAGAGAAUACCAAGUUCCUGGUCCGGGCCUCCUACCUGGAGAUCUACAAUGAAGAUGUCCGUGACCUGCUGGGGGCUGACAGCAAGCAGAAGCUGGAGCUGAAGGAGCACCCGGAGAAGGGGGUGUACGUGAAGGGGCUCUCCAUGCACACGGUGCACAGCGUGGCCCAGUGCGAGCGCAUCAUGGAGGCCGGCUGGAAGAACCGCUCGGUGGGCUACACGCUGAUGAACAAGGACUCCUCGCGUUCCCACUCCAUCUUCACCAUCAGCAUCGAGAUCUACGCUGUGGAUGAGCGGGGCAAGGACCACCUCCGGGCAGGCAAGCUGAACCUGGUGGACCUGGCGGGCAGCGAGCGGCAGUCCAAGACACGCGCCACGGGGGAGCGGCUCAAGGAGGCCACCAAGAUCAACCUGUCGCUGUCGGCACUGGGCAACGUCAUCUCGGCCUUGGUGGAUGGGCGCUGCAGACACAUCCCCUACCGGGACUCGAAGCUGACUCGGCUGCUGCAGGACUCGCUGGGGGGCAACACGAAGACGCUGAUGGUGGCCUGCCUGUCACCUGCAGACAACAACUACGACGAGACGCUCAGCACGCUGCGCUACGCCAACCGGGCCAAGAACAUCAGGAACAAGCCACGCAUCAACGAGGACCCCAAGGACGCCCUCCUGCGCGAGUACCAGGAGGAGAUCAAGAAGCUGAAGGCGAUCCUGGCCCAGCAGAUGAGCCCCAGCAGCCUGUCAGCCCUGCUGUCUAGUCAGGCACCCCUAAGCCCUGUCCGGAUUGAGGAGAAGCUGGUGCCCCCACCUGGGGUCCCCGCCGACACAGAGGCCGAGAAGCAGCUGAUCCGGGAGGAGUAUGAGGAGCGCCUGGCCCAGCUGAGGGCCGACUACGAGGCAGAGCAGGAGUCCAGGGCCCGGCUGGAGGAGGACAUCACUGCCAUGCGCAACUCGUACGACGUGAAGCUGUCUACACUGGAGGAAAACCUGCGAAAGGAGACAGAGGCUGUCCUGAAGGCGGAGGUCCUCAAGGCGCAGGGCACGUCCAGGGCCAAGUUUGCCAGCAGGUCUGAGUACUUGCCCACGUUCCACUACGAGAUGGCCGUGAAACCCGAGGUCUACUCCAUGCCGCACUCUCUGCCCGGCGAGGACGUCUCCAGCACCGAGGUCUCUCCCGGGUUCGAGGAGCUGCCAGAGGCGGGGGCCUCCAAGUCCGAGGCGGGGUCUGACGGGUCUUCCGCGCUCGAAGAAACCUCCGUGUCCGAGGCCUUCCUGGGGCCCCAGGAGCCCUCCGACCCGGAGUUCUCCGUGCCCGAGGUGGAGGCCAGGAGCAGAUAUUUCCCAGACGAGUAUCUCGGCCAGGAGGCCACGGAGCCCCUGCUGCAGGAGGGGAACGUCCCCGAGGAAGAGGGGCCGCCGCCGCUAGCCCUGGACCUGUUACCGGGCCUGCGCGACCCGUUUGCUGGGGUGGAAGCCAAGCUGGCCAGGCUGUCCUCCACCGUGGCUGCGGCCCAGGUGCCCCUGGCAGACAUCCCCGAGGUCCCCGUGCAGAGGGAUACCCGUUUUGGGGAUGUGCUGAGUUGCCAUGGUUACGCUGAGCUGCCAGCCCAGAAAGAGCCUGCCCUUGUGCAGAGAGCCCGCCCAGCCCUCGUGUGGGAAGGCAGCUGCAGUUCAGGGACCCCCGCCCCCUGCCCUGGGGGUCUGCACCCCUCCCUGAUGGAUCUGCUGGGGCCUGAUGGGGAUGACGUUAGGUCUGAAGCCAAGAUGGCUGACUACCUUCUGCUCAAGACUGAGGUUGACCGGGGCCCAGAAAUGGCCAAGGAGGUGGUGUCGGCAGCAGAGCCUGGCAUAGGGGCCGAGGCUGAGGCCCAGGUGGCCUCGGAGGCUCAACCUCAGCCCUUGCUGGUCAUGACAAAUAUGAGAAGGGAUGGUGUGGGCAUGGAGGUGGCGGUGCUGACCGACGACCUGCUGCCCGUUGUGGACCAGCAGCAAGUGCUUGCCCGUUUGCAGCUGCUGGAGCAGCAGGUGGUUGGCGGGGAGCAGGCCAAGAACAAGGACCUGAGGGAGAAGCACAAGCGCAGGAAGCGAUAUGCGGACGAGCGCAAGAAGCAGCUGGUGGCCGCCCUGCAGAACUCGGACGACGGCGACUGGGUGCUGCUCAACGUCUAUGACUCCAUCCAGGAGGAGGUGCGCGCCAAGAGCAAGCUGCUCGAGAAGAUGCAGAGGAAGCUUCGGGCAGCGGAGGUGGAGAUCAAAGACCUGCAGUCGGAGUUUGAGCUGGAGAAGAUCGAUUACCUGGCCACCAUCCGCCGGCAGGAGCGGGACUCCAUGCUUCUGCAGCAGCUCCUGGAGCAGGUGCAGCCUCUCAUCCGCCGCGACUGUAACUACAGCAACCUGGAAAAGAUCAGGCGCGAGGCCUGUUGGGAUGAGGACAAUGGCUUCUGGAAGCUCCCUGAGCCCAUCAUGGUGAAAACCAGCCUCCCAGUAGUUCCAACAGGGCCACAGAACAAGGCCGUCCGCAAAACCUCUGCCGCAGACAAUGGUGAAGCAGGCAUGCAGGAGGAAGACCGAUACAAGCUGAUGCUGAGUCGCAGUGACAGUGAAAACAUCGCCAGUAAUUACUUCCGGUCCAAGCGGGCCAGCCAGAUCCUCAGCACGGAUCUCAUGAAGAGCCUCACCCAUCGCAGCUCGCCUCCUGGCCGCAGCUCCCCACUCAGCAACACGUCGGCCAUCGUGCCCACGCAGGCGCCCGAAAUGCCCCAGCCCCGGCCCUUCCGCCUUGAGUCCCUCGACAUCCCCUUCACCAAGGCCAAGCGUAAGAAAAGCAAAAGCAGCUUUGGCAGUGAGCCUCUGUGAACUUGGCCUCCUGCCGCUGCCCUGCCUUUGAGCUUUCGUGAGACUGCCAGGGCAGCCCCAGCCAGGCCUCCUCCCGCCUGCCCCCACCAUGUCCAGGAGCCCAUGGGGACCCUUGCCCUGGGAAGAGCUUUCCCUUCCCUGUUACCCAGAGAGCCGCCUCUGCCCCGACUGUCAGCACUUGGGAAGCUGCCCCCCCCACCCCCCCGCAGAGGUGCUCUCCGGGCUGUCCGCGCCUUGCCAGUGUUCUGCCUGCUCACUGCCACAGCCCGCCAGUUCCUCUGUGCCUCGAUGGGCUCCGAAACCUCAAGACUUUCACCAGCAGCCCCGACAGAA